CCGAGGAAGAGAGAGAGAGAGAGAGAGCGAGAGGCUGGGAGAGACUAGACUCCUCACACAGGCGCAAGAUGGCGGCUCCCAGGGCGGCGUGAAGGCUCCUGGAGCCCGCAGCUUGCCCCGUCGGGUGCCGUACAGCGAGCGGGGAUCGGUGCUCGGAAGCCCGGGGGAGGCUUAGGACUCCUGGCCCAGGAGCAGGCAGGACCGGAGCGAAGCAGGAGGAGGAGGAGAAGGGGAAGGGGGUUGAGGAGGAGGGGGAGGCGGCUUAUUCCCUCCCUGCGGCCGCCAUUUUCCGCCCGGGCAACACAAGAUGGCGGCUCCCAGGGCCGGGCUCUGAGCGGGAGGAGGAGGAGGAGGAGGAGGAGUAACAACUGCCCCACGAGGGGUAGCUCCCUCCAGAAGGGGGGCAAGAGGGGGGACAGGGCUCUUUUUUUUCCUUACCCCGAAAACGUAGGGUCGGCUUUUUGUAUCAAUUCCCCCCUUUCCCCCCUCCCUCUGCAAGGGGAGGAAGGCAUUAGGCCCCGCUGGGCUUCCUCGAGAGUAAGCGCCUCCUCCUCCUCUGCUUUAAGGGAACACGGUUCAAACCAAAACAGAGGAGGCUCUUCAUCCCCCUCCCUCCCUCUCCCAAUCUAUCCUAAUAUUAUACAUAUACAUAUAUAUAGUUUGAGCGGGAGAUCUCUCUCUCCUUUUUUUUUGUGUCUCCAAAUAUUAACCCCUUUUGCGGGCACUGACACACUUCCCUAGUAGUAAAUCAAAUAAAGAGGUGCCUGGUUUCAUUUGGUCAUGUUUUUUGGGUGGGCCCCAUAUAUAUAUAUAUAUAUAUAUAUAUAUGCCCAUCCCUAUAUAUAUAAUAUACUUUUUUACCUUAGAAGUCAGAAAGAGUGUGUCAAGGAAAGGAGUUGGUGUCUCUGUUAUUAUUACUGUUUUCAUUUUUUAGCCACCAAGGAGAAUUGACCAGAUUCCUCUUCCUCCUCCUGGUCCUUUGGAGGGGGGGCUGGUGGUUGGGAAGGGUAUAGUUACACUGAGAGUUGGGAGGUGUGCUAGGUCCCCUAUGGCUGCCACCACCACCGCCUCGCCUCUGGUCCCUAUCGGGGGCUCCCCUGUAACAGGUGCCUCCGCAGGGCUCCUCCUGCAGCCCAGAUGGAAGAGGGUCGUUGGCUGGUCAGGGCCCGUCCCUCGCCCCCGCCAUGGGCACCGCGCUGUGGCCAUCAAGGAGCUGAUCGUGGUCUUCGGAGGGGGAAACGAGGGCAUCGUCGACGAGCUCCAUGUCUAUAACACAGCUACGAACCAGUGGUUCAUCCCAGCUGUGCGGGGAGACAUCCCACCUGGCUGUGCUGCCUAUGGUUUUGUUUGUGAUGGGACACGCCUGCUGGUCUUUGGUGGGAUGGUGGAGUAUGGCAAGUACAGCAAUGACCUCUACGAACUACAAGCCAGCCGUUGGGAAUGGAAGAGACUGAAGGCCAAAACUCCCAAGAAUGGCCCCCCACCCUGCCCACGCCUUGGCCAUAGCUUCUCAUUGGUGGGCAACAAGUGCUACCUAUUUGGGGGCCUUGCCAACGACAGUGAAGAUCCCAAGAAUAACAUCCCCAGAUAUCUGAAUGAUCUCUAUAUCUUGGAGCUGCGUCCCGGUUCUGGUGUGGUCGCUUGGGACAUCCCUAUCACAUACGGUGUACUACCCCCACCAAGGGAGUCCCACACUGCUGUGGUAUACACAGAAAAGGACAGCAAAAAAUCCAAACUGGUCAUAUAUGGUGGCAUGAGUGGUUGUCGUCUUGGUGACCUCUGGACACUUGAUAUUGAUUCUCUGACAUGGAACAAGCCCACCUUGAGUGGAGUGGCUCCCCUCCCCCGCAGCUUGCACUCAGCCACAACCAUUGGGAACAAGAUGUACGUAUUUGGAGGCUGGGUGCCUCUAGUCAUGGAUGAUGUCAAAGUGGCCACACAUGAAAAAGAAUGGAAAUGCACAAAUACUUUGGCCUGCCUCAACCUAGAUUCCAUGUCUUGGGAGCCCAUUCUGAUGGACACCCUGGAAGAUAAUAUUCCCCGGGCACGGGCUGGACACUGUGCUGUAGCCAUCAAUACUCGUUUGUAUAUCUGGAGUGGUCGUGAUGGCUACCGCAAGGCUUGGAAUAACCAGGUUUGCUGCAAGGAUCUUUGGUACCUUGAGACAGAGAAACCUCCAUCGCCUUCACGGGUGCAGCUGGUCCGUGCCAACACCAACUCCCUGGAAGUGAGCUGGGGUUCUGUCUCAACUGCUGACACUUACUUGCUACAGCUGCAGAAGUACGAUAUCCCAGCUGCCACCUCGCCAGCUGCCAAUCCUGUACCCUCAGUGCCUGUCAAUCCCCCCAAGAGCCCUGCUCCAGCUGCAGCUGCUCCUGUCCCUGCUGUGCAGCCACUGGCACAAAUGGGCAUCACCCUCCUGCCCCAGACCACAGCUGUUGCUGCCGCCGCCACCGCUGCUGCCGCUGCUCCUGCCCCACCUACCACAACCACCAUCCAGGUGCUGCCUACUGUGCCUAGCAGCCCCAUGCCAGUGCCUGCUCCUGCUGCCGCCGCCGCUGCAACCCCUCGUCCACAAGCUGUCCCAGCUGUGCUGAAGGUUACGGGCCCACAGGCUACCACUGGGACUCCACUGGUGACAGUACGUUCAGCUGGGCAGCCUGGGAAGGGCCCAGUGACAGUGACUUCAUUGCCAGCCGGAGUGCGCAUGGUAGUGCCCACACAGAACACUCAAGGAACGGUGAUUGGCAGCAGUCCCCAGAUGAGUGGCAUGGCUGCUUUGGCAGCUGCUGCUGCUGCCACUCAAAAAAUUCCACCAUCCUCGGCCCCUACUAUGCUCAGUAUGCCUGCUGGUACUACCAUAGUUAAGACUGUUGCUGUUUCCCCGGGCACCACCACGCUACCCACCACAGUUAAGGUAGCUUCUUCUCCUGUCAUGGUGAGCAACCCAGCAACCCGGAUGCUGAAAACUGCUGCUGCCCAGGUUGGCACCUCAGUCUCUUCAUCUACCACCAAUACACCUACCCGUCCCAUCAUUACCGUGCACAAGUCUGGGACUGUCACUGUAGCACAGCAAGCCCAGGUGAUGACCACUGUGGUGGGUGGAGUGACAAAGACCAUCACAUUGGUGAAGAGUCCCAUAUCAGUGCCUGGUGGCAGUGCAUUGAUUUCCAACUUGGGUAAGGUGAUGUCUGUUGUCCAGACAAAACCAGUCCAGACAUCAGCUGUGACAGGCCAGGCAUCAACUGGCCCUGUGACCCAAAUAAUCCAGACCAAAGGGCCCCUGCCUGCUGGUACUAUUCUAAAACUGGUGACCUCAGCAGAUGGAAAGCCCACCACAAUCAUCACCAGCUCCCAGGCAGGUGGUACAGGUACCAAACCCACCAUCCUGGGUAUCAGCAGUGUCUCUCCCAACACAACCAAACCUGGUACCACCACCAUCAUCAAGACCAUCCCCAUGUCGGCUAUUAUUACCCAAUCAGGUGCCACAGGUGUUACUAGUAGCCCUGGAAUCAAAUCUCCUAUCACCAUCAUCACCACAAAAGUGAUGACCUCAGGCACUGGCACACCUGCCAAGAUCAUCACAGCAGUACCUAAAUUGGCCACAAGUCAUGGGCAACAGGGUGUGACACAGGUGGUGCUUAAAGGAGCGCCAGGUCAACCUGGCACUAUCCUGCGAACUGUCCCUAUGGGUGGAGUGCGCCUCGUCACACCUGUCACUGUGUCUGCUGUCAAACCUACUGUUACCACUUUAGUGGUCAAAGGAACUACAGGUGUCACAACUUUGGGGACUGUAACAGGCACAGUCUCAACUAGCCUGGCUGGGACUGGGGGGCACAAUACCAAUGCUUCACUGGCUACACCCAUUACCACCUUAGGCACAAUUGCCACACUUUCUAGCCAGGUCAUCAACCCAGCUGCCAUCACUGUCUCUGCAGCUCAAACCACUUUGACAGCAGCAGGAGGCCUGAGCACACCCACCAUCACCAUGCAGCCUGUCUCCCAGCCCACUCAAGUCACACUGAUCACAACACCGAGUGGUGUAGAGGCCCAGCCAGUACAUGACUUGCCUGUCUCUAUUUUGGCCUCACCCACCACAGAGCAGCCCACAGCCACCGUUACUAUUGCAGAAUCAGGGCAGGGAGACCAACAGCCAGGCACUGUCACUUUGGUGUGUUCCAAUCCACCCUGCGAGACACAUGACACCGGCACAACCAACACAGCCACAACAACUGUUGUGGGCACUUUAGGUGGACAAGCCCAGUUGCAGUUUGUCUGUGAUGGGCAAGAAGGUGGGCUUCAGCCAAAUGGGAGAGUGGUGAGGGUAUGCUCAAACCCACCUUGCGAGACUCACGAGACAGGGACCACCAACACAGCCACCAAUGUACUCAGUGCUGGGCAGAAGGUGUGCACCAACCCACCCUGUGAAACGCAUGAGACGGGCACUACCAAUACAGCCACCACCUCUAAAACAGAGAAGGCACCAACAGACCCACCAUGCCAAACGUUCCAGACUAGUGCUACUGGCACCACCAUGACCGUGAAGCCCAUUGUGGGUACCAGUCAGCUAGUGUGCUCCAAUCCACCCUGUGAAACUCAUGAAACGGGCACCACCAACACAGCUACCACCGCCACUUCCAACAUGGGUCGGGGUCAACCCGACAGUGAACAGACAGAUCCAGCAAACCCUCCGUGCCAAACAAAGCAGACUAAUACCACCAGCACCACAAUGUCAACAAAAGCAGAUGUUGCAACAGAGCAGCCCUGCCCAGUUCGCAUGGUGAGUUUUUUGACAGCUGUUGGUACACCCACUGUUGCCUCUGGGACCUCCGCAGCACAAACCAGUGAAAGACUACCAGCCCCCAAAAGUUUGCAGUGUGAAUCCCAUCAUACCCACACCACCAACACUGCCACUACAGCUCGGUCUCUCAUGGGCCGAGGGCAACCUGAUGAUGAGUGGGUAGGAUCUGCCAACCCUCCGUGCCAAACGCAGCAGACGAAUUCCACCAGCACCACCAUGUCUGCGAAAGCUGAUGUGCCUACAAAACAGUCAUGCACAUUGCAGAUGGUUUCACCAGAUUUGGCUGCAAAGCCAGCCUCGCUGAGCACACCUUGUAAGACCCUCAAAAUGAACACCAAGGACUCAAGCCCACAGGUGUGCUCUAAUCCGCCCUGCGAAACUCAUGAAACGGGCACCACUAACACACCAUCUGUCGCUGCAUCAAACAUGGGUAUUACCCAGCAGGUUUGCUCCAACCCGCCUUGUGAGACUCAUGAAACAGGCACCACCAACACAGCCACUUCCAGUAUGGCUGCAGGGCAGCAAGUGUGCUCCAAUCCACCAUGUGAGACCCAUGAAACAGGCACCACCAACACGGCUACCACAACCACUUCAAACAUGGGUGCUGGGCAAGGUGAGAGUUCUGGACAGGGUGAAAGUACCCAGCAAACCCCCAGUACUCCUCCCUGUGAGACGCAGCAGACAAGCUCCACUGGCACAACUAUGACACCCAACAUUGGAGGUGAUGGCACCCAGGUUUCCAGCUCAACCUUUCCACAGGGUGGAGGCUCUGAAUUGGGAAAAGGAACUGAGGUAGAGACUGCAGGCCCUGAUGGAUCACCGCCCCGGAGUCCAACACCCAAAGUGUGUUCCAACCCUCCUUGUGAGACCCAUGAGACUGGAACAACGCAUACAGCCACUACUGUCACAUCCUCCAUGGGGUCCAACCAAGACCAGCCACCUGCUACCAAUGGCCAGCAGGGGGAGCCAGAGACAACUGUGAGCGAGAGCACAGCCGCCGCCAGCAGCCCUAGCGCUGUAACUACCACCGUUCCCUCCACACAGACCCGGGCUGUCACCACUGUGACACAGUCCACACCUCCGCCAGGACCCUCAGUGCCGAAUAUCUCUUCAUUGGCUGAUGCUCCUGCAGAAGAGGCGGCUCCUCCUGCUGAAACCCCAGUAGCUACCAGCACAGAUGCCCUCCCAGGGCCCCCUGAGCCCUUGCACCCUUCUGUAGAGAUGCAGUCACCAGCAGCGGUAGCACCUGAGCCUCAGGAGCAAGUCCAGGCUGCCCUUGCUAGCACUCCGCCAGCAGAAGGCCCACCUGCUGAAGCUGCCCAGCAGCCAGAACUCCCAGCUCCUGUGGAGGAACCGCCACCAGCACCAGCAACACCUGCUCAGGAGCCUGUGGCUAUGGUUGUGCUGCCCCAAGCCACCCCUACUGCUCCUCCGCCACCCUCAGAGGUAGAGCAGUUGGCUCUUCCCCAAGAGCUGAUGGCUGAGAGUCAGGCAGGUGCCACCACACUCAUGGUGACAGGGUUGACACCAGAGGAGCUGGCAGUCACUGCAGCUGCAGAGGCUGCUGCCCAAGCUGCUGCCACUGAAGAGGCACAAGCCCUGGCGAUACAGGCAGUUUUGCAAGCUGCCCAGCAAGCUGUCAUGGGUCCUGGAGAAGCUAUGGAUACGUCUGAGACAGCAGCGGCACAGGCAGAGCUAAGUCACUUAGGCUCGGAGGCUUCAGAGGGCCAGGCCACUGCCAUCCCAAUUGUCCUAACACAGCAAGAACUGGCUGCCCUUGUACAGCAGCAACAACAACUCCAGGAGGCUCAGGCAGCAGCAGUAGCAGCUGCUGCCGCAGCUGCCGCUCAACAACAUCAGCCUCAGCACUCACUGCCUUCCCAUUUGCCCACAGAAGCCCUGGCCCCUGCUGAUAGUCUCAAUGACCCUGCCAGUGAAAGCAACGGUCUGAAUGAGCUGGCAAGUGCCGUCACCAGCACAGUUGGGCUAUUGCCCCCUACACCCACAGAAAGCCUUGCUCCAUCAAAUACUUUUGUAGCCCCACAACCGGUGGUGGUGGCGGCCAGCCCAGCAAAACUGCAGGCUGCAGCUGCUUUGGCAGAGGUUGCUAAUGGCAUUGAACCAGCUCCAGUGAAACCUGAGCCUCCUGCACAGCCUCCAAAGGUGGUUGUGAAGAAAGAAAAUCAGUGGUUUGAUGUGGGUGUUGUCAAGGCGACCAACAUGAUGGUGACACAUUACUACCUGCCUCAUGAUGCUGCAUCUGCUACAGAUGAUGACUCGGGCACUAUACCUGAUUAUUCUCAACUCAAGAAGCAGGAACUGCAGCCGGGUACAGCUUACAAGUUCAGAGUGGCAGGAAUCAAUGCCUGUGGCCGGGGCCCUUUCAGCGAAAUCUCAGCAUUCAAGACCUGUCUGCCUGGCUUUCCUGGAGCACCCUGUGCCAUUAAAAUCAGUAAGAGUCCUGAUGGAGCACACCUGACUUGGGAGCCUCCUUCUGUUACCUCUGGAAAGAUCACAGAGUACUCAGUAUACCUGGCCAUCCAGAGUGCUCAGGCAGGAGAGCCGAAGAGUGCAGCCCCAGCUCAACUGGCCUUCAUGAGGGUUUACUGUGGGCCCAGCCCCUCAUGCCUAGUGCAGUCAGCUAGUCUCUCCAAUGCCCACAUAGACUACACCACCAAGCCUGCCAUCAUUUUCCGCAUUGCUGCCCGCAAUGAGAAGGGUUAUGGACCGGCCACACAAGUCCGAUGGCUUCAAGAAUCCAAUAAGGAUGGUUCCAUGGUAAAACCAGCCAACAAGCGACCGCUUUCCUCUCCCGACCUGAAAACUGCUCCAAAGAAGCCCAAAGCAGAUGGGCAGUGAAGGGUGUCCCCAGCUGUCCUCUCUUCCUGCCUUCUCCACAGCCUCUGCCUGAACUCCCAGCCAGCCAGCCAGCCAGCCAGCCGCCCCCGUGUGUGGAGGAAGAUGGAAGCGCCGAAAGCACAUUUCAUACACUGUGGGGCUGGACUGUUGGGGUGCAGGGGGAGAAGAGACAGAGGCUCAUGCGAGGGAGAGCCAAGCAGGGGCCACCCCUGUGCCAUGCCCCAGCCUAGGAAGGGGGACAAAGAAAUGGCAUUCCUCCCCCAUCCCCUGCUGCCACCUCAUUGACUUGGACAAUGAUACUGGGGUGGAUUUGGAGGGGAAACUUGUUAAUGGGGGGAGGGGGGCUGUUGGGUUUUUUACAAGUUGCAGUUACAGGAAUGAAGUUCUUUUGUAUUCCCCAGCAUCUUGUGUGUUGGAGGUGGGAGAAUUCACUCCCCUGCUUCCAGUUCUUGCCUCUGUACAGAACCUCUCCCUCAGUUUAGUUUUUAGUGUCUGCGUUGGUAAUGGAGAGGAGCCUCUGCUGUCUUGGGAUGGAGUGGGGGGAUGUGUUGUGGUUGGACCACAGAUGCAGCUACUUUGAACAUGGGGGAGGGUUGCAGCUCAUUCUGCAGCAGCUGUUCUUAUGCUCAGCCCAGAGUGUUUGUGGCUUCAACCUAUCCCCUAUACAUGCAGCAGGCCCUCUCAUGUUAGCAGCACAAGCUAAUUUCCCCUGCUCUUCCUCCACCUGGCCACAAGGUGGCACGCUCUAGGCAGUUAUCUUGCCAUUCCUCUCCAUUGUUUUGUAUAAAACUUUUUUUAAGGAAAAAUUUAAAAAAGGGUUGGGGCCACAUAUCCUGCUGUGCUACACAGGGUAGGAGCUGUUGACUUAGGAUGCUCCCUCCAGCAAGAAUCUGGGGUGGGAGGUCCCCCUGGAGGAAUACUUCCAUCCCAGUCUGGCUGCCUCUCUGGACAUUCCACAGAGAGGAGGGGAGAAAAGCAGCCAAGGCUCAUUCUUUCAAAGUGAGGGCAAGGCAAGCUCCCUCAUAGGCCCAUGCUGAUAGAUGGGCUCCAAAGGAGUGGUCCCCCACAGGAAAAAGAAAAAAACAAACCCCAGGAGCAGAUCCCUCUCCCCAACUUGCUCUAUGCCCUGGUCUUUUGUAUUAUAGUGUAUUUCGCUGUGUUCCCCUUUCCUGUUCAGACCAUAAGAUUCCUCCUGCCCUUCCUUUAUCUUACCCAAUUUAUUUUCCAUUGAGACAGGAACAACCCUCAUAGGAGUUCCCCAUAGCUAUCCAUCCUGCUCCCCCAGUGCUGCGUAUCUGUCGUUUUUGUGCUAUUUUGAACAAUUAAAAGACCUUUUUUUUUUUUU